AUGAAUGAGCACAUGGCCAAAGUGAUUUUUCUGUGCAUGUUACUUUGGCUGCUUCUACCUGCGGCCAGAUGCCAGACGGAAAGAACAUCUGGAAAAAAGCAAAACAACCUCACCAACAAAUAUGAAAAUGGUAAGGAAUUAACAUGUAGAUAUAUUCUGGACAGCUCAGAGAGCGCAAAGGUCUAUUUGUUUGAUCGUCAGAAAGAAUUAGUGAGAACCUUCAGCAAACGGGUUGCUCAGAUGCAGGUGUUUGACUGGCACCUCAAAACUCGUUUUGCGCUCGUCUACUACAGCAGUGCAGUGUACAUCGACCAACGCUUUUGAGACUUUCAGGACCUAGACAUGUUCCUGAGUCAAGAUCAAAGCAUGAGGGUGGCUCUGCUCAUGACCGACAGCAUCGAUCAUCCACGUAACCCUGACAUCAUGAUGGCAAGUGCCGAGGCAAAGAGACACAACAUCAAGACAUUAAACAUGAACAGUGCCAAACACAGAGCUGUGGCGAGCAGUCCCACUUAACAGUAUCUCCACAGCCUCACUGACCCCCAGCUGGAGGAAAGACUCGUGCAACAGCUCUGUCCACAGCCAACAGUGUGUUUGUGUGAAAGAGGUGCUCGAGGUCCACCAGGAAGUCCUGGUAAAGAAGGAGAUCCUGGUGAAGAAGGCUCAAGGGGAAGAUCUGGCUUCAAAGGUGAUAAGGGGGAUCAAGGCAAUUGUGGACCACCAGGCCAAAAAGGACAUCAGGGCAUUGAUGGACCUCCAGGGCCACGGGGUCUCAGAGGAGACCAGGGUUUGAAUGGGCCUCCGGGGGACCAGGGACUCGAGGGUCAUCCAGGAUCUAAAGGUGAACGAGGACAGCUCGGCGCUUCUGCCAUUGGAAUUGGAUUUCCUGGUCCAAAGGGAGACAAGGGAAACCCAGGAAGACCAGGUCCGGUUGGUCCGAUUGCUGUGGGUCAGCCUGAGGGUUCUGCAGGUCAACCAGUACCACAGGGGAACCCAGAAGGUCCAGGUGAGGGACUUCCUGGACCAAAGGGUGACCGGGGCUUUGGCAGCCCUACUGUCGCUCGUGGGCUCCAAGGUUACGGGGUCAAAGGUGAAAAGGGGAGUGCAGGGCUUCCCGGGUUUCCUGGACAAAUAGGAUUACCUGGCAGAGGCAUUCAAGGAGAAAAACGAUUUUCGAAAGAUAUGUUUGGAGAGCAGGGCUUCUCUGGUGAGCCUGGAGCUCUUGGGGAAAGAGGAAUUGGACAACCAGGACCUAAACUUUGUUUUGGGCUGCAGGGCUCUGUUGGUCAGACUGGACCUGCUGGUCCACCCGGAUUACCAGGAGAGGGCAUACAAGGAUCAAAGGGUGAACUUGGAUAUCAGGGUGUACAGGGACCAAGAGGGGUUCCUGGAGAGGGUCUACAGGUGCCAAAGGGGGAUCGAGGGUUUCCAGGAGCACCAGGACGCAAUGGGGAGAGAGGAGGUUUGGGAGAACUUGGAGCUACAGGACAACCGGGAAAUCCCGGAGGAAAAGGAGAGCCGGGUCUCACGAGAGAGGAAAUAUUCACCUUAAUCAAAUCUAUUUGUGGUUGCGGUCAAGUUUGCUGCAUGGAACCCCUCGAGCUGGUCUUUGUGAUUGACAGUUUUGAGAGCGUGGGUGAGGUCAACUUUGACAUCAUUCAAGAUUUUGUGAGCGCGUUGGUCGACCGAGCGUCGGUCAGUCCUGAGGUCACCCACAUAGGCAUCAUCCUCUAUAGCCACAUCAACCGAGUGGUCACAAGUUUACAAGAACGCUCCACUCACGAUGAGGUCAAGGCCGCCGUUCAAAUGACGUACAUCGGAGAGGGAACGUACACGGGAAGCGGCAUCAGAAAGGCCACUGAGAUGUUUCGUGUUGCUCGCCCCGGCGUGAGGAAAGUAGCUGUGGUUAUUACCGAUGGACAGACGGAUCAUCGUGACACCGUGAAGAUAGAGGACGUUGUCGAAGAGGCUCAUUUGGCCAAUAUCACCAUGUAUGUUAUAGGGGUGUUGAAUGAAAGUGACCCGCUCCAUGAAGAUUUUGAAGAUCAUGAAGAGGAAAGGACCAUAAGCCGGGACUCGAACUCAGGACAGAACACCUACAGGAUCGAUCCCACGCCGGGCUCGACGUCACAGAGAACCACUAAUCCUCCGCUGCUCAUCCAAGAGGAUUUCAAUCCAGAUGAGGGAUGUCAGCUGCCUCUGGAACCCGAUCCGUGUCGGGACCAUGUUGUCAAAUGGUAUUAUGACUGGAAAGCCAAUUCAAGUGCUCAGUUCUGGUUCGGAGGUUGCCAUGGCAACAAAAACCAAUUCGAUAGUGCAGAGACCUGCAGAAAAGCCUGCGUGAAAAUAUAA